CUGGGUGGAGCAAUCAGGGAAGGAGGAGGGCUUUUAGGACUAGAGUAGGACUGGAAGCCGGAAACAGCAACGAAUGGAGCAAUGGCGAUCUUCAGUGUUUAUGUGGUGAAUAAGGCCGGCGGCCUCAUCUACCAGCUGGACAACUACGCGCCUCGAGCCGAAGCUGAGAAAACUUUCAGCUACCCGCUGGACCUGCUACUCAAGCUACACGACGAGCGCGUUCUCGUUGCCUUUGGCCAGCGGGACGGCAUCCGGGUGGGCCACGCGGUUCUGUCCAUCAAUGGCGUGGAUGUGAAUGGCAAGUACACUGCGGACGGGAAGGAAGUGUUGGAGUACCUGGGCAACCCGGCCAACUACCCCGUGUCUAUCCGCUUCGGCCGACCCCGUCUCACAUCCAACGAGAAGCUGAUGCUGGCCUCCAUGUUCCACUCGCUGUUUGCCAUCGGCUCCCAGCUGUCUCCCGAGCUGGGCAGUUCUGGCAUCGAGAUGCUCGAGACAGACACCUUCAAACUCCACUGCUUCCAGACAUUGACAGGUAUCAAGUUUGUAGUACUGGCAGACCCUCGACAAGGUGGGAUUGAUUCUCUCUUAAGAAAGAUCUAUGAGAUUUACUCAGACUUUGCCCUCAAGAAUCCAUUCUACUCUUUGGAGAUGCCCAUCAGGUGUGAGCUGUUUGACCAGAAUCUGAAGCUAGCCCUGGAAGUGGCUGAGAAGGCUGGGACUUUUGGGCCAGGAUCAUAGGCCCUCCAGCAAAGAACAAAGCUUGAGACGGACUCAGCCAUUUUACUAGGAUGGAGAUCCAAAUUUCCAUGUUAGAGCACAUCGAGAAGAGUGGAGUCUGAGCAAAAGAGGGUAGUGUGGUACUUCUAAGAACCAACUAUUCAAUGUGCCAUCUUCUCUUCCCUGUAUAUAACGGUCCUACCUCCCCAAUGUUGUACAGAUCUAUUUAUGGAAGGAGUGAGACCUGAUUGAAGAUGCUGUAAUAAACAUUCCUGUGAACCCUG